GUCAUUCCUACUGUAUUCUGGUUUGUGGCUGCGCGUGUUUAAGAUUGCAAUCCUAACCCCGCAUACCUGAGAGGGAGCUUCCACUGAACUCAACAGGACUUACUUCCCAACAUACACAAAAAGGAUUGCACAGCAAGAAUCUGAAUUUUCUGUAGCAGUUACCUGGGACCUAAAUCGCCUGGAAUUAUAUUUCAAAAACCUUUCUAAACAGAAGCAAAAGCAAGUAAUGGAGAAGAAUGGGAACAACAGGAAACUUCGGGUUUGCGUUGCUACUUGCAACCGGGCUGAUUAUUCUAAAUUGGCCCCAAUCAUGUUUGGUAUUAAAGCAGAACCGCAGUUCUUUGAGCUGGAUGUUGUCGUUUUGGGCUCCCACCUGAUUGAUGACUAUGGUAACACUUACCGGAUGAUUGAACAGGAUGACUUUGACAUCCACACCAGGUUACACACAAUAGUGAGAGGCGAAGAUGAGGCAGCCAUGGUAGAGUCUGUGGGCCUUGCCUUAGUCAAGCUUCCAGAUGUUCUCAAUCGUUUGAAGCCCGACAUAAUGAUAGUCCAUGGAGACAGAUUUGAUGCUCUUGCGCUAGCUACAUCUGCAGCCUUAAUGAACAUUCGAAUUCUUCACAUUGAAGGCGGAGAAGUCAGUGGGACCAUAGAUGACUCCAUCAGGCAUGCCAUAACCAAGAUGGCUCAUUACCAUGUGUGUUGCACAAGAAGUGCAGAGCAGCAUUUGAUAUCUAUGUGUGAAGACCAUGACCGUAUCCUCAUUGCGGGCUGCCCUUCAUACGAUAAGUUGCUGUCUGCCAAGAACAAGGAUUACAUGAGUGUUAUUCGCAUGUGGUUAGGUGAAGAUGUAAAACCAAAGGAUUAUAUAAUUACUUUACAACACCCAGUGACCACGGACAUUAAACAUUCCAUAAAGAUGUAUGAAUUGACUUUGGAUGCCCUAAUCUCUUUCAACAAGAGAACAUUGGUUUUAUUCCCAAAUAUUGAUGCAGGGAGCAAAGAAAUGGUUCGGGUGAUGAGGAAGAAAGGUGUCGAGCACCACCCAAAUUUCCGAGCGGUAAAACACGUCCCGUUUGACCAAUUCAUUCAGCUAGUGGCUCAUGCUGGCUGUGUGAUUGGGAACAGCAGCUGUGGUGUGCGAGAAGUCGGGGCGUUUGGUACUCCUGUCAUCAAUCUUGGGACACGCCAGAUAGGGAGAGAAACAGGUGAAAACGUCCUUCAUGUUCGUGAUGCUGACACCCAGGAUAAAAUACUGCAAGCUCUCCACCUCCAGUUUGGGAAACAAUAUCCUUGUUCAAAGAUAUAUGGAGAUGGGAAUGCCGUUCCAAGAAUCUUGAAAUUCCUUAAGUCUAUUGACCUCCAAGAACCCAUUCAGAAGAAAUUCUGCUUCCCGCCUGUAAAAGAAAACAUCUCCCAAGAUAUUGACCAUAUCCUUGAAACCCAGAGUGCUCUGGCAGUGGAUCUGGGUGGAACAAACCUCCGAGUAGCAAUUGUCAGCAUGAAGGGUGAAAUAGUUAAGAAAUAUACCCAGCUCAACCCGAAAACCUAUGAGGACAGAGUGGCAUUGAUCCUUAAGAUGUGUGUAGAAGCUGCCUCAGAAGCGGUAAAUCUGAAUUGCAGAAUUCUGGGUGUGGGCAUUUCUACAGGUGGACGAGUAAAUCCCCGCGAAGGUGUUGUUCUUCAUUCAACAAAACUUAUUCAGGAGUGGAGCUCUGUUGAUCUGCGGACUCCAAUAUCUGAUGUGCUGCAUUUGCCAGUGUGGAUCGACAAUGAUGGCAAUUGUGCGGCUCUGGCAGAGAGAAAAUUUGGACAUGGAAAAGGAGUGGAAAACUUUGUAACCCUCAUCACUGGUACAGGUAUUGGUGGUGGAAUCAUUCAUCAAAAUGAACUGAUCCAUGGAAGUUCUUUUUGUGCAGCUGAGCUUGGGCACAUUGUGGUGUCUCUAGAUGGGCCUGAGUGCUUGUGUGGGAGCUAUGGAUGUAUUGAAGCAUACGCUUCUGGAAUAGCCUUGCAGAGAGAAGCUAAGAAAUUGCAUGAUGCAGAAGAUUUAUUGUUAAUUGGAGGGAUGUCUGUAAAGAAGGAAGACACUGUAACUGCUGCACAUCUCAUUCAGGCCUCCAAACUGGGAAAUCCAAAAGCUGACAAUAUUGUUAAAACAGCAGGGACAGCUCUGGGCCUUGGAAUUGUGAACAUCCUGCACACUAUUAACCCCUCCCUUGUGAUACUUUCUGGCAUCCUGGCAAGCCAUUAUUUCAAUAUUGUCAAAGAUGUGAUCCGUCAGCGGGCCUUGUUCUCUGCGCAGACAGUGGAUGUGGUUGUCUCAGACCUGUCUGAUCCUGCCCUGCUUGGAGCUGCUAGUAUGGUCUUGGACUAUACUACACGCAGGAUAUACUAGACAUCUGGCAAAAGAAAAAAAGAAGAAAUGGAUUACUUUAAUUUAUAGUGGCUCUUUGGAAAGAGUGGCUUCUUACUGGUGUCACCUUUCUUUUUUAAGUAGACUGGUAAGGUCUUCAGAAUCUCUUUAUCCAAUUGUUUUUAAUAUGCUGUGGUAUGCUUGAGAUCACAGACUCGAGAUGACUCACAGGAAGACUUUCUCACAGACCCUUGUGAAACGAAAUAAUUCCUGGGAAUUCCUGAAGCCGAGACAUCUAAAAAUAAAGAUGAGAGAUCUGAAUUCCCUACACAUGGAUUUUCCAGCUGUGUUAGCCAAUGUCAUCUCCAUUACCAGAAAAUGGGAUAGUCACUAAACAAAGAACCUUCCCUUAGAGAUGUGUGCAACUGUUCCUGCCUUGGCAGAGACUAAAUGACCAGCUAUAAUCUCUGCUUGAGGGAGAUGGGGGGGGGAGACUACAACCAUCUAAUGCUAGAAUAUCAAGUAGUAGAGAGAGAGAGAUAUAUAUAUAUAUAUAUAUAUAUAUAUAUAUAUACAUAUUUGUUAAAUUAAUAUUAAGAAUCCUAGUUUGGAAGAAGAGCCCAAUGAUAAAUGGUGCACUUACAAGUAUAGUUUCCAAGAGCCUAGACAACGUACUAGAAUCAAGAAGAAAGUGGGCUGAAGGGUUGGCUUUGUCUCAAACACCUGUUAUUUCUAAUGUGGAAGUUGAAGAGACUUUCUGGUCUUGCUUUUCAGUCAGUGGCCUCAUGUUUAGAGCUUUAGAGAACUGUGUCUUGUGUUACAGGUUUCCUUUACCCAUUCAUUGAGGUUGCUAGACAUCUGGCUGGAAAGAGGAGUCUUAGUUGGUGUGUGUGUGUGCAAUGUCUGCUUUAUCCUUGUUUGGAUAAAUUCCAUACUCAAACUGACCUCCGAAGACAUCACAGAGUUUUAGCAGCCCAAGCACAUUAUCUAUUUAUGUGCCUAUUGUAUAUAGCUAGGUUUUUGUUAGGCUCCCUUAUGAUGCUCCCACCAAUAGCCUCAACUGUAUGUUGACUCUUUGAGGUUGCAAGUCUAAGCAGCCUUACCCAAAAAUAAGGGUUGGUUCUUUACACAGUACUGUGGGCAUGCCAGUGUUUGAUGUUUGCAGUAACCAUGUUUGAAGACAUUAAGUGGAGACUUGCUGGGGAGCCAGGAUUGGCUGUUCUCUCUGGCAUGUUUGAAGACGCAAUUUUCUCUUUCACAUUUCACAUAGUUACUUCAGCAAAUACUGAAGCACCCCAAACACCUUGCAAAAUAUGAAACAACUCUGUGUCCCGAUUUGGUUCUGUGCAAGCAUUGUUUAGCAGCGUGAGGCUAUAAAUCUGAUUUCUUGACUCAAUUUUGAAGACAUUUUUAAAAAUGUAACAUGCUAGAACGGGUGGGGUGGGGAGCGUGAGCCUGUGGGCUGAAUGUGGCCCUCCAGGCCUCUGUGUGGCCCUUGGAACUCUCCUUAGGCCUUGCCUCUCAUUGGCUCCGAUUGACACCCUCAGUGUUUUUGCCUGGCUGAAAUGUGUCCUUGAAUUCCGAUAAUGCCUCUUGCUUCCCUGGAUGGAAGAUGGAGAGGGUUGUUAAGUGUGUGUAGCAACUCCCGCAUUUUACUGUUGCUGUGCCCACUUUUGGCUCUGGCCCUGUCUCUUCCCACUACUGGCAUGUGGCCCUUGGGUUGCAAAAGAUUCCCCACCCCAGUACUAGAAUAACACAGACAUGAGUGGAGUGCUUGAGGACUGCCGUCAUAAAAACUACAGGAUCAAUUGCUUUAGUGUGUAGUGCAUACGAAUAUAAAAACUUAACCUUCACAUUUGAAGAUGAAGCAAAGUUUACACUUCAAAUUGGAUGAAUCAAAGUUCAUAUUAACUUACAAUAUUUGCUUCAGUUUGUUUACUGCAAGAAGACAGAUAUUAAUUGGAAAAUGUGCCCCUUUUCGGUAAGAAAAAAUAGGGCCUGACUGACACACUAAAGUGAGCUAGGAUUUCAUGACCCCUCAGUGAGAUGGGAUGAGGAAGAGUAAUGCCCCCAGACAGGAGACCAACUGCCUGAGGGUAUCAUUUAGUCUUCCAUGACUAAGUUAGGACAGUAAUAGAAGCUAUAAAAUUCUUAGAACUGUUUUAAAAAUACUUGGUCUGGAAAAUGACCUCUCUUCAAGAAAUAAUAUAGGAAGAACAUUACUCCCUUUCCGUGACGCUUCCCCAAAUUCAGCUUGCAUUUUCAAUUCUUACUGCUAAGAUCUUAACAUGUCUGCAGCCAGCAGGAAAUGACACUUUCCCACCCAUGCUUCCCAGUACUCUGAAAAAGGAAAAAGAAGGCAAUGCAUUCUUGCCUGGUGAGAGUAUGUAUGGCUGAUCUUUUGCAGCAGCAGUUAAGCCAUGAAGCCCUUCCAGCCCAAACCAAGCACAACCCUCGGGGGGGGGGGGGCUCCAUGACCGUUAAGAGUGCCUGCCUGCUUUAGGCUGUAAAAGCAGGGGAUUUGUCCAACAGGGCAAGCUGCACUCAACAGCAGAAGGUCACAACCUGUGCAGGCCUGCAUGGAGCACUUUGCAAAGUGCAGUAUUAGUUGCUCUGCUAUGGUGAAAUUUCUGAGGUGCCUGGGGCUUUCCCAUUGCUUUAUGCAUAUAGCACCCUUUUGCAUGAACAAGCUUGGAAAAGCUUAGGAGAUUCCAUAGAGUAGAGCAAACAUAUUUAUUACAGAUUUUGUAGAAACGGGGUGGGUGGGUUCUGGAAUUGUUGGGAGGGGAAUUGACUGGUGCGAAUAUUCACACUUGCAAAUAGCAAGAGACUGCUGAGACUUGUCACUAGGUGAGGAGGAGGCCUGAACCUGAGGGAUGGGGUGGGGAGAGAGCUUUAUUUUUCUGUUUCCUUUGCUGCAAUAUAUGGGAGAGUUGGAGAAAAACGGGGACCAGGAAAUGCUUAACUUGAUGGUGGACAUCCUCAGCCUUUAUUUUACCAUUUCUUCCAGGAUACCUUUAAGCUAUUAGGACAGGGAUGGAGAAUAUUGCCAGCGGUGGGAGUAAUGGAUGUGUCUCGUACCUUUGUACAAUAGGCUAUAUUCCUGCCACACAAAAUCAGGUUUCUACGCUUCCUCUCUCUUCAUCCAGACAACCAAAAUACAUUAUCACAGUUCAACAACAUAUUCCACGCAAAAAGACUUGAGGGGCCCUUCUGCCUUUCUCGAUGGUGGUUAUGAAAAACUUCCCUUAGAACACCGGUUUUGUAACAGCUAUAGAGGAUGUUGUUAUGUUACCCAGUGUCCUUUAGAUAAAGAUCCUCAUGAGAAAUAUCUGUCUGCCAGGGCCAUUGAGCACCAGCUUGCCCUGGGCCCUGGCAUGCAUGUGUGCGCACGCCCAGGGCCAACCCCAGACAUGCUGGAGCCCUUGGGCAAAAGCCUGCCCCAGGCUCCAGCGCUCCCCUUCUGCGACUCGCACACGGUGAGAGCUUUGGGGCUCCGCCAUUCCCUUCCUUAACUUACCUUGUUCUGCGGUUGCGCAUGCAGCGGUGCCCUUAAGAAAGAUGGCGUCUGAGGUUUCCCUAAGGAGCUGAAGCCUCUGCCGCCAUCGUGGUUCAUGGCAGGGAUGCGAGCGCACAGCACGCAUGCGUGCCAUCAGCCAAGAUGGCGGCAGAAGCUUCAGCCCCUUAGGAAAACCUCAGCCGCCAACUUUCUUAAGGCCACUGCUGCGUGUGCAACCGCAGAAC